GCGUGCGCGGCCCGGUCGGGUGUCCGCCGCCCGCAGCCCGAACCGCACCCGCCGCGGACGGAGCCCAUGCGCCGGGCGAGCCAAGUGCCCCGACCCCCGCCGCCGCCCCCGCCCCGGCCCCGGGGGCAGUCGUGCCAGUGAGCGGUGGGACAGGCGACCACUGCAGUGCCUUGUGCUGUGGUCCUUUGAGGAGCAAUGACGGAGUAUAAGCUCGUGGUGGUGGGCGCUGGAGGCGUGGGGAAGAGCGCCCUGACCAUCCAGCUCAUCCAGAACCACUUUGUGGAUGAGUACGACCCCACCAUAGAGGACUCCUACCGGAAGCAAGUGGUCAUUGAUGGGGAGACUUGCCUGCUGGACAUCCUGGACACGGCGGGCCAGGAGGAGUACAGCGCCAUGCGGGACCAGUACAUGCGCACCGGGGAGGGCUUCCUUUGUGUGUUUGCCAUCAACAACGCCAAGUCCUUCGAGGACAUCCACCAGUACAGGGAGCAGAUCAAACGGGUGAAGGACUCAGACGAUGUGCCCAUGGUGCUGGUGGGGAACAAGUGUGACCUGGCCGCGCGCACCGUGGAGUCUCGGCAGGCCCAGGACCUCGCCCGCAGCUACAGCAUCCCCUACAUCGAGACCUCGGCCAAGACGCGUCAGGGCAGCCGCUCUGGCUCUGGCUCCAGCUCCGGGACCCUCUGGGACCCUCCGGGACCCCCGUGACCCAGCAGCCCCUCUCGCUGGCGUGGAGGAUGCCUUCUACACGCUGGUGCGCGAGAUCCGGCAGCACAAGGCGCGCAAGCUGAGCCCGCCUGACGAGGGUGGCCCGGGCUGCCUGAGCUGCAGGUGCCUGCUCUCCUGACAGCGGCGUGGGUGUGGGGUGUGGAGGUGCCGGAUGAGACGCGGGCUAAGGAUGCAGGGAAGGAAGGACGUGCCGCCAGAGCCUGGCCCGCCCAGGUCGGUGGACAGAGUGACCGCGGGCCUCCCGGGACGCUUUGCACAGACUGUCAUGAACUGACGCCGGCGGCCCCCAGUUGUCACUCUUCUCCAGCCCUGUCCUGGCCCACUGGGCACAGGCUGAGUCGCAGUAAAUUAUUUCAUGUCUUGA